AACAUGUCCACACUGCCUCGGUUUGCUGUGCCUGCCUGGUGUGGAAUCUAUAAAGGCCUCUGAUGACCAUUCUUUUUAUUUUAUUUUAUUUUAUUUAUUUGACAGAGAGAAACACAGCGAGAGAGGGAACACAAGCAGGGGGAGUGGGAGAGGGAGAAGCAGGCCUCCCGCUGAGCAGGGAGCCCGACGCGGGGCUCGAUUCCAGGACCCCGGGAUCAUGACCCGAACGGAAGGCAGACGCUCAACGACUGAGCCACCCAGGUGCCCCAUCUGAUGACCAUUCUUAAGAAGACUUAAAAGCAUGUUUUUCUUUUCCUGCAGUAUCCCUCGCGUGCACGGACGGAUUCUGAGAAGUUCCUACCCUGCCCCAUAGCCGCAUUCUAUCUGGGGACUGGGUUUGCGCGGUCUCUCAGUAAGGCGCUGCAAUGCCCCUCGUGAGCCCGCCGAGUCCGCCAGGGGGCAGCAGAGACCUGGGCGGCCGCAAAAGUAGAGGGCAUGCGGCGAAGAUGGAGGCAGAGGGAGCGACGCGGAGAGACCAGCUUUGGCGCGUCGAGAGGUCACCCGGAAUCAACAUGUCUGGGGCUGAGGAAGCAGUUCUUGGAGGCCGUGGCAGCCAUCCUUCCUCUGCUGGUGGCAACUCUGUAUUAUGCUUUGGACAGUAUCAGUACACAGCAGAAGAGUACCAGGCCAUCCAGAAUGCUCUGAGGCAGAGGCUGGGCCCGGAAUACAUCAGUAGCCGCACGGCUGGAGGAGGCCAGAGGGUAUGUUACAUUGAAGGUCACAGGGUAAUUAAUCUGGCCAAUGAGAUGUUUGGUUACAAUGGCUGGGCACACUCUAUCACACAGCAGAAUGUGGAUUUUGUUGACCUUAACAAUGGCAAAUUCUACGUGGGAGUCUGUGCAUUUGUGAGAGUCCAUUUGAAGGAUGGCUCAUAUCAUGAAGAUGUGGGCUAUGGUGUCAGUGAGGGCCUCAAGUCAAAAGCCUUGUCUUUGGAGAAGGCCAGGAAGGAGGCCGUGACCGACGGGCUGAAGCGAGCGCUGAGUGCCUUAAUACGUCCUGGUCGUUUUGACAUGCAGGUUACAGUUCCAAGACCAGAUGUAAAAGGUCGAACAGAAAUUUUGAAAUGGUAUCUCAAUAAAAUAAAGUUUGAUCAGUCUGUUGAUCCAGAAAUUAUAGCUCGAGGUACUGUUGGCUUUUCUGGAGCAGAGUUGGAGAAUCUUGUGAACCAGGCUGCAUUAAAGGCAGCUGUGGAUGGAAAAGAAACGGUUACCAUGAAGGAACUAGAGUUUUCCAAAGAUAAAAUUCUAAUGGGGCCUGAACGUAGAAGUGUGGAAAUUGAUAACAAAAACAAAACCAUCACAGCAUAUCAUGAAUCUGGUCAUGCUAUUAUUGCAUAUUAUACUAAAGAUGCAAUGCCUAUCAACAAAGCUACAAUCAUGCCACGAGGGCCAACACUUGGACAUGUGUCCCUUUUGCCUGAGAAUGACAGAUGGAAUGAAACUAGAGCUCAGUUGCUUGCACAGAUGGACGUUAGUAUGGGAGGAAGAGUAGCUGAGGAGCUUAUAUUUGGAACUGACCAUAUCACAACAGGUGCUUCCAGUGAUUUUGAUAAUGCAACUAAAAUAGCAAAGCGGAUGGUUACCAAAUUUGGAAUGAGUGAAAAGCUUGGAGUUAUGACCUACAGUGAUACUGGGAAACUGAGUCCAGAAACUCAAUCUGCUAUUGAACAAGAAAUUAGAAUCCUUCUAAGGGACUCAUACGAACGAGCGAAACAUAUCUUGAAGACUCAUGCAAAAGAGCAUAAGAAUCUAGCAGAAGCUUUACUAACCUAUGAGACUUUGGAUGCCAAAGAGAUUCAAAUUGUUCUUGAGGGAAAGAAAUUGGAAGUGAGAUGAUAACUCUUAAAAUGGAUGCAUUGCUGGUUUUACUGCAAGAAUAUAUAAGUAGCAUUUCAGUAGUCUUUUGCAAUGCUUUUCUCCCAUUCUUGCCUUGGUGUCACUCAAGGGUGUGAAACACUUUGUCUCUCUUUUGUCAUGUUUAAUCUAAUUUUGGUUAUUCUCAUAAUGACACCUAUUGCAAAUUAUCAACCCAUAAUAAAUAUGUUAAAGAAAAUAAAGAACUAUUAGGAUUGGAAACAGCUUGUUUGAGAAAUGUCAAUAAGUUAUUCAUUUGAAAAUAAGUAGUGAUUUUAUGGUUGGUUCCUCUACUAGACGUGAAUAAAAAUUGUGCCUUUA